AUGACUAUCAGGCAUCUAGUUGAGCUCACAGGCAUCUCGUAUGGCAGCAUUCAAAGAAUCUUAACUGAUGAAUUACAUAUGAAAAAAGUCUCCGCUCGUUGGGUGCCUAGAAUGUUAACGGCUGAACAAAAGAAAAUACGUUGUGAGAUUUCGAAGUCUAAUCUUGAAAAAUUUCAAACUGAUCCCGAAACAUUUUUGCGUCGGUUUGUAACCAUGGACGAGUCUUGGAUCCAUCAUUUCGAUCCUGAGACCAAACAGCAAUCCAUGACCUGGAAGCGAGCGUCGUCCCCUACACCGAAGAAAUUCAAGGUAGCAAGCUCCGCUGGUAAGGUCAUGGCUUCAGUGUUUUGGGAUGCUGAGGGAGUCAUAAUGAUCGAAUACCUGGAAAAGGGAACCACUAUUACGGGCUCCUACUACGCUGACCAAAUACGCAGAUUGAGAGAGGCAAUCAAAGAAAAGCGGCGGGGUAAACUUCGAGCUGGCAUCCUGUUUCACCAGGACAACGCACCGCCCCACAAGGCCGGUGUUGCGAUGGCUGCCAUCCGUGAUUCAGGGUUCGAAUUGCUGGAACACCCCCCAUAUUCGCCAGACCUAGCCCCCAGCGACUUUUAUCUCUUUCCACGGCUGAAGGAAGAUCUUAGAGGCAACAAAUUUUUGAAUGAUGGCGAGGUAAUGGCCGCUGUGGAGGCAUUUUUGGAGGGUCAAGAAAAAGAUUUUUUUUUUAAAGGAAUUCGUAGUCUGGAGAAACGAUGGUCCAAGUGUGUAGACUUGGAAGGAGAUUACGUAGAAAAAUAA